AUGCAUUUCCUUGCUGCGCUCUGGGCUCUAGCCUUGAUCUGGAGCCGAGUGUGUGCCGUGCCACACGAUGACGAUGAUAGCUCUUGUUCGAACAGCAUCACCAUAUCAAGCCAAAGCGACGCGGAUAGACUGGGCAACUGCGAUACUUUCAAUGGAAACGUUACGAUAUCUUCGUCAGCGAGCGGGGUCAUCCAUCUGAACGAUGUGAAUGAGAUCAGGGGGUCGUUGACAUCGACGCAAGGGUCCAAUCUCACGCAGCUGAUCGCACCCGACCUUGAUACUAUACACGGAUUAUUGAAGCUGGAGCAGAUGGACUCCCUCGUAAAUAUCACCCUGGACUCUUUGCAACAAGUCUCCGGUGGGAUCACAGUCACGGGGAAUCCGAAUUUGCAAUAUCUCACAUUCCAAGACUUGAAAGAUGUUUACGGGGCGCUAGAGCUCACUGGGCCGUUUGUGAGCAUUUCUUUGCCCUCCUUAGAUGAGGUCGAUGGCCCUACCAACAUCCGUGGUGGUGGGAAAAUGUCCUGCGGCCCAUUAGACACGCUGCAGUCCCAAGGCGUAUAUCGAGGUGGAUAUCAUUGCUCGUCGGGUGGAAGCUCCGGGCUCAGCCCUGGGGCCAAAGGCGGGAUUGCCGCAGGCGCUGUUGUCGCAGUCUUACUGAUCAUGUUCCUCAUAUGGUGGGUUCUUCGACGGCGGCAGCAGCGCCUGAAGCAUCAGCAGGGACACGAUCAUCCCAAUGGCCCCGCACCGUUCGCCGUUCCAAGGGUAGCGGAUCAGGAGAAAUCAACGCGCUAUCAGACCGUUCCAACAGAAGAGCACCGAUCUUUAUCCCCAGAGGAGCCGCCCUCCCUGAACAAGCUGUCUCACUGCAUGAACUGUUCCUGCCUUCCCAUCAAGCCCGUAUAG